AUGCAGCAUAUUAUUAAUUACCCAAAAAAUUCUAGGGUGGUAGUUUCUGCUCCCAAAGGACCAGGUCAACACAAUUUUGCCUUAGACAAUAUUGGAAAGCCCUGCUCACUUUGUGGAAAAGAUUUCAAUUGCGUAUGGAAUCUACAAUGCCACCUUACCAAAUAUCAUAAGUUAGCAACUCAUAUUGCUAACGAUAUUAGCUCUCAAUAUGCCAAUAGAAACCUAGUGUCACAAAGACAGACCAUGAACACUGCUGAGCUGACCGCCCCUGAUCACAAUGAUGAUUCUGUUAACAAAGACCUACACGUUGAAUCCGAUUUGGAGGAUGACAACAGCAGCAAUGUUGACAACAUGAACAGUGAUGGCAACAAUAAUGUUAGCGAGAUUGAACUCGAUGCCAGUGAAAGUAUUAUCGAGAUGGAUGAGGACACCAGCCCCUUUGAAAGUCCAAGUUCAGGUAACCACCUAUACAUGCAUAUAAGAAAUUGUAUGUUGUCUUCUGCAUCCAAUACCAGCUCAUCGUUGGAUGCAGAUCUCGAUUUACUGAGAGAAGCAACUGGAUUGCAUACAACAUGGAACCAGUAUACAUCAGACACCCACCUGUUCCUGGAUCUCCAGUCUAUGGUACUGCUUGCCUUUGUUGAUGGCAAUAAUGACAUGGUAUCUCGCAGGAUCUUGAAAAAGAUCCUGUUUACCAUAAGUCUUGUCCUUAAGCUUCACAAGAAAGCUAUCCAAAAGAAGUUCCCAUUCAAGUUACCUCGUUUGGACGCCCUCUUGAACUAUCAGACCAGAAAAAAGUCCAAGAUUCCUGUAUUUCUGUUCACAAAAGUCGAUAUCCAGUUGCCAGAAAACAAGGCCACGUCAGCUUAUAUCAACUUGCCUUCAGACCACGUCCGGUUUCUUGCUGCAAACCCCAAGAAAGCAAGAAACAUGUUUUCCCUCCCUGACUGCACUCCUAACCAGUCCAUUUGUCUACAACAAGACGAAAAGUGGAGAAUACAUUGGUACUAUCAACAACCUAUGUUCAUUCACAACGGCGUAGAUUUUUGGUCUGGUGAUAUUGUUAACUUUAUGAAUGGUUCUACUCCAGCCUGUUUCCUAGUAGAAUCAUUCCAUACCAUGGAUAACUCAGCCGUUUUUGUUCAAGGCUACAUGGUUUAUAUUCUGGAAGGCGGUCAGUUCAUUGGCAUCAAAGUUGAAUCUACUAGCAUAAAGUUUGAAACUCUUCUCAGUAUUGACUCGACCCCUGUUGAUGUUGCCCUAUGCUACAACGUCUCACCUGGAAAAGUAUUUCAUUUGAUUCCCAGGCACAAGUUCUUGCUGGAAGAGGCUCAUUUCUUAAAACAGCACAUACUAGACAAAACCAGAAAGCCAAUCGAUCCAAAGUUGUUUUACAAGGUGAGGAUAUUGCCCAUUAUACUCUUCACCAACAAUACCUCUGGAAACCAAUCAAAGCAAUAUAAUCUGUAUGAAAGCUGGUCAAUGAAGUUUGCUGCUCUCUCCUACGAAGAGAAGUUGUUAUAA